AUGUCUCCCAGCCUGUCAUCUCUGGAUCCAGAAUGGCCUCCUGGGACCGUGCGGCUUGAGGAUCUCUCACGGACAGGUGAUACUGCUGAAGUGAUCCUGCAGCCAAAGCCUACCAGAGAUCCCAAUGAUCCACUGAACUGGCCACUAUGGCGCAAAAAUCUCAACUUCGGCCUAGUGUGCUACUAUGUCGUGAUGGUGCUCGCACUUAUCAACAUAGCAACAGUAACCUGGGGUCCCGUUAACCUAGAACUCGGCUUCAGCUACGCCUUAUUAAACUACAGUUACGCAGCAGGAUGCGGUUCGCUUUGCAUUGGAGGUCUCUUCCUCAUACCAUUUGCCCUGAAGUACGGACGCCGACCGAUCUACAUAUUCAGCACCGCUUUCCAAUGCGGAAUCAGCAUCUGGUCUGGGAAGAUGCAAACGGUUGCCGAUCUGAUACUGGUCAAUAUUCUCAACUGCAUCGUUGGAGCACUCGCUGAAGUUCUAGUCCAGAUGACCGUUGCUGAUAUCUACUUUGUUCAUCAGCGAGGUCUGGCCAGCACUGUCUAUAUAUUUAGCAUGACUGUUGGGGCAACACUGGCGCCUCUUGCCGGUGGCUUCAUCACCCAGACUCAGGGAUGGCGAUGGGUUUGGUGGUGGCUGGCUAUAUUCUUUGGCGUGGGCCUUGUUGCGUUUGUUUUUCUCUAUGAGGAGACUAUGUUUGAACCAUCCUACAUUGAUGGUAUCCCGGCCUCUGAUCAGAAUGGCUCUAAACCAAUGCCUAUCAAAAAGAAUACCGAGCCAUCGGCGUUAGAAGAGUCAAGAUCGACACAAGAUGGUCCCUCCUAUGAGGCCGUUGAGGUUAACCACUCAAUCCCGGUGAAGAGCUACAGGCAGAAACUAGCACUGUGGACUAACUCUCCACUGCCAUUCUCUGCGGUAGCAAAGCACUGCUACCAGCCAUUCCUCAUUCUGUUCAGCUUUCCAGGUGUCUUUUUCAUGGCCCUCGUCUUUGGACUGAUGACCGCCUGCAUGACAGUCCCGGUGACAACACUUUCAUCAGUGAUGACGCUGCCGCCGUACAGUUUCAAUGCAUCCCAGAUUGGGUUGAUGGGACUGCCCCUAUUCAUUGGAACUGCCUUAGGAGCUCUAAUUUCUGGACCUCUAAGUGACUGGAUUGCUCUCUUCCUCGCGAAGAGAAACGGCGGUGUCUUCGAGCCAGAGAUGCGACUUUGGUUGGCUCUCGCCUUUACCCCGUUAGUCCCGGCAGGCCUAUUCAUAUUUGGUAUUGGGCUAAACAACGGCUCUCACUGGCUUCUGCCGGCGUUUGGCUUGGGUGUCACAUCUGUGGGUAGUUUGCCGGCUAGUAGUGCUGCACUGACGUAUCUUACUGACUCGUACACUGAGAUCAUCGCUGACUCACUCGUUGCUGUCACUUUCAUCCGCAAUCUCAUCUCAACAAUUUUUGUCUUCGCCCUUCAACCCUGGUACAAUAAGGUGGGAUUGACAUGGUUCUAUGUGACGUUUGGCUUGAUUGUCACUGCUUGCCUCAUGGGUAAUUUGUUAUUUAUCUAUUACGGAAAGAUGCUCCGCGCGAGCCGUGCAGCUGCAUAUAUCCAAUAUAGCUACAGGCAAUUCGGCUCGAGGCCAACUUAG